CUUGACGCAGCUGGUUUACUUCUGGCUUCGUGGCUCAUUGAAUUGAAUAGCUAACGUUUAUUUGUCGAUAGCGUUAAACUGCAGAAGGGAAAAAAUGUCGUGUUUACUGGUCACACUUGUAGCUGCAGUGCUGUUCAGUUCGGGGGCUUUGGGGAAAACUGUGACGGGACUUUUUAAGAGCGAAGUGGCGAGACAGCAGAAUGGCCAGUUCAUCACUAAAUUCAUGUACCAAGGUGAUAAUGGUCUGUUGGUGUGUCGACUGGACAACUCCGCUCUGGCUACAGAGAAGGAGUCCAGACUGCUGUUGUAUCAGGAUAUGGACUCAGACCUGGACAACCUCAGCUGCACUGAGAGGCUUGCUAAAGCCCACUUCACCAUUUCUCUCCACAAAGAGGAGUUCAACCAGACGAUCCCUCGCCAGUCCUCCCCCACAGCCUGGCAGGCCCUGUAUACUGACAGAUAUACAUGUCAGGAAAGCGCAGUGAUUCCCUCUCAUGCUGACCUCAGUUUUACUCUGUUGCUGUUGAACGCUGACUCAGCUGGGAAUCCUCUGGAGCACUUCAGCGCAGAGGAGGCAGGUCUCCACAGUUUUUACUUCCUCCUGCUGUUGGCCUACUUCAUAGCCUGCUGCAUCUACAUCCAGCCUCUGUACCAGGCGCUGAGGAAAGGAGGUCCCAUGAACACAGUCCUGAAAGUGCUCACCAUGGCACUGGCGUUACAGGGCUGCUCUGCUCUCUGCAACUACAUCCACCUGGCCAGGUAUUCUCGAGACGGUAUUGGUAUUCCUCUGAUAGGCAGCCUGGCUGAGUUCUGGGAUAUGGUGUCCCAGGUGUCCAUGCUGUACAUGUUACUGAGUCUGUGUAUGGGCUGGACUCUGAGUCGAGGCAGGAAGCCUCAGUCCAGACCUCUGCAGUGGGAACAGUCUCCGGCCUCCACGGCUGUCGCUGUUGGUGGAGUCGUUACACAGGGGGUGCUGCUGCUGUGGGAGCAGUAUUCAGAGUCAGAGAGUGACCAUCACAGCUACCACGCCCAGCGGAGUCUGGCAGGUGUCCUCCUCAUCGCUCUGAGAGUGGGCCUGGCCCUCCUCCUGGCCUCUGUCCUCUACCAGAUCAUCUCCACUGAAAGGAGCACCCUGAAGAGAGACUUCUACCUCUGCUUCGCCAAGGGAUGCUUCCUGUGGUUCCUCUGUCACCCCGUCCUCGUCCUCAUGUCUGUUGUCUUCAACGAGCACCAGAGGGAGAAGGUGGUGACUAUCGGCGUUAUCCUCUGCCAAUCCAUCUCCAUGGUGAUCCUCUACCAGCUGUUCCUUUCUCGCUCUCUCUACUGGGAGGUCUCCUCUCUCUCCUCUGUGUCCCUGCCGCUCACCAUGUCCAGGACAAACCACAGGGGGCGCUACUGAGCACAUCCACUGUCACGACUCACCCGAUCAUCUCGGGAGGGAGGGAGAACCUGCAGCGACACCGAGGCUUCUCCUCACUGAACCCACGCUGUCAGAGGAGGGAGCAUGAAGACGGAAAGGAGACGCUGAAGCGACUGCUCUCCUUUGCUGUUUCCUGGGAGAAUAAUCACCACUAGUACGCCAGUUACCAGGAAACAAUAAUACAGGUCAGAGACUGACCAGAGGACAAUAUUUACAGCAACGCCCUACCUCUAGUGACAGGUGAUUUUUGACUGGACAUUGCUGAGCAGGGGGACAAGUAAUUUAACGCAGGACCACCUAGAGAGGAGACAGGAGGCUUUCAAUAGGUGUCUCAUGCUUUCCAUGACACGCUAGAUGUCCCAACUUGCCCAAGAUUUAAAGGAUGCAUCUGCUGUUGAGAGUGAAUCAAACGACAGUGCAGAAGGUAGAGAUGGACGCAGGCCAUGGUCUUCUUUUCUUCUUGUGAGGCUUAUCGUUGUGUUUAAGGCAACUUCUCUGAAUUUGCCCUGCACAUUGAACAAGAAGUAGAUCACAUACCCAAAGAGAUAGGUGGUUAAGAUAGAUUUUAGAAAGACACAAAGAAAAAGAAACUUUUUUUUUUCUGUCUUGAAGGAUGAUGCUGGGUGUUAUUCUGUAUUUUUCUUAUUGCCAACAAAUCCCAUGAAAAGAGCAAAACCAACGAUGCAACUCUCAAUGAUUUUCUCACUUUCCUCCUUUGUGCAAAUGUGUAGCUCCCAUAUGUAAUCACUCAGUAGCUUCCUAAAACAGCUGGGCACUGUAGCUUUUAGCAAACGUUACCGUUACAGGAUAAAUAGUGCACUUGUUGGGGACUAGUUUCAGCUGCGGAUUAAUACACAUUUUGCACGCAAGUGGGAGUUAACGGUAGCAGAACGGUACAGUGUUUGACACGAUAAAGGAACACAUCAGCCAGUGCUGUUCAUCGGUCCAUCCACAGUAAGAUAAACCAGGCUCCGAUACACAGCAGGAUCAUCUAAUUGUUGUUUUUGGUCUUCUCAUCGGAUUUCUUUUCACAAUAAGAGAAAAUAUUGAUAGAUGGUUAGGUCAAUAGAUCAUGUGAUCAUGGAUUGACUGGAUAGAUAAAGGUGAUGAAUGCAUAGGUCAAAUUUGGACAGAUUGAUACAGUAUGUUGACAGGUGGAGAAAAGGAUUUUUAGAAGGCUAAAUGUAAAGGAUUGGUUUAUUUUUUUGUUUUUGCACAUCCAAAGUGAUGAAUAUGAGCCAAAAGAUGAGUGUGUGCCGUCCCCUGCACUCACACAUCAAGCCGUGCUUUAAGUUAUUUCCUCGCUCUCGACGUGAAUUUAUGAGCUGACAGCAUGUGAGAACUGAACCUUUAAAAUAAUAUAAACCGCAUGACUUUUUCUAUUUUUGAUGUUUUGUGUAAAAAGCAGAUCAGGACAAACCAAAGUGUUGUAUAAAUACAUUCCAGUGAUAAUCCCAAUUACACAUCUUGAUUGUUUCUCUCUCAGAUUAUUUAUCUCUGGACACACUGUGACUCAUUACCUUCACAGUGACUCUCAAUAAAACUUUAUUAAUGUCAUAUGGUAGCCCAGUGGGAACAGGCCCAUCUUUUCAUUUAAGAAUUUGACACUUUUCAUCUGAUGGAAAUAUGAAUAUAGAGAAUGACAUGGAGUGCACACAAAUUUAUUGUGCAUUUAUUUUUCAAAGAGAAGCUAUACUUGAAUAUGUUUUGUUAAUCACAAAAUGUGCAGUCUGAUCUGUUCUAUUAGCUCUUGUUGCUGAAACAGUACAUGUGUUUUCUGUGUAGCAUGUGCUGUAUUCGGGUGCAAGAGAGUUCAUACUGUAUUUUUAAUUUGUCCCACAAUGACAAUCUUAUUCUAAUUAGACAACAACAAAAUAAAAGGCCUCUGGUUGUACUGUGUGCUUAAUAUUUCAUAAUAUUUCAUCCUUAGGUUGUUGGAAUUGCGUUUGGGUUUUUUUCUUGAGUUAUCAUGCAUCACUUGUAUUUAUUUUCUGUAACCUGUGGAAAUACAGGAUCUGUGAUCAUGACAACUGUACACGGUAACUGUAAUAAAACACAUUUUAAAGAAAACUA